AUGGCAGUAAGGCCCAAGGACGCAGCAACAUUCGUGCCAAGGGGUGGUGCAUUCUCGCAGAGGAGGUGCUGUGCGAGUGAGCAUCCUCACCACAUGGCUCACCGUGGCAGUAAAGGCCCCAAGGGCACAACAGCUGCCAUGCCACGAGAUGGUGAGGAGGUGCUCCUCGGGGAGGAGGUGCUGUGCGAGGCACUGCAGCAGUCAUGCCAAGGGGUGGUGCUUCUCAGAGAGGUGACGUGGACCACAUGGCUCGGAUCGCGCCUCCCCAUGGCAGUAAGGCCGAAGGACGCAGCAACAGUCAUGCCAAAGGGUGGUUCUUCAGAGAGCCGGGCUGAAGCAGCGAUGGCAGCCGAAGCAACAACAGGCAGUGCAAGGAAGAGCAUGUGGGGUUUCAGGUGCAGCAGGUGUGGUUGUGGCAACAGCAUUAACGUGCUUGCAGUACCACUAAAGGACAGGAGGGGAGGAGGGGAGGAGGCAGAAAGGGAGGGACGAGGGAAGAAAAGAAGUGGUCACCCAGAGGCAACAACACCAGCAACAAUCGCAAUAGCAGUAGUAGCGAUGCAUAUUUAG